AUGGCAGGCAGAUUUGGCCGCGCCGUGGACUCGCCACGCGACUGCACGGACUUGGCCCAGGAGGACCUGCGGCAUGUGCAGCGAGUCUCCGCCAGCUGCGGGCGGCAAGCCGCGGCUUUCUACUGCGAGCGGGCGAAGCUUGCAGCCCAAGGGCCCAGGAUGCCAGCGGAGGAGCUGUGCGGGCCGGCGGGAACCUUUUCCGCCGUGCAGAUGCGCAUGGAGAGUGCGCGGCAGGCGGCGCUGGCUUUCUUCCUUCUGGCGCAUGACCGCUUCGCGCAGGCGCGGCGCCUGAUCUCCCGCGUGCUGCACCCGGAGCAGGGCCUCUUCCUGUGCCACCUGGACACCAAGGUGGCGCGGCCGGAGGACCUGCAGGACUUCAGGAGGUGGGCAGCCCGCAGCUUCUACAAGGGCUCGGAGCGGGUGCAAAUCUUCAGCGCCUUCCCGGUGCACCGGGGAGGCCGCUCCAUGCUGGAGGUGCAGCUGCAAGCCAUGAGGAUGCUGCUGGCGAGCUCUGUGCUCUGGGAGUACUAUGUGAACCUCAGUGACACUCACUACCCAGCUGAAGCAAUGUCAGUGAUUGGGUCCUACCUCUGGCUACACGACGGCACAAACUACGCGCGGAUCACCUCCACGAAGUACUACGACCCCACGCUGCAGGGCGGCAAGGCUGCCAGCUACGGCGGGCCGCGCCAGGAGGACCUCUACGUGGCCUGUGACCGGACGUUGGCCUUCGAGUGCGAGGGCCAUCUCUUCUCGGUGGCGCCAGGCGUGAAGUAUCCGCCUCUUCUGACUGGGAUCAAAGCUGCCUCGGGGCCAGAGUGGCUGGUGCUGAGCAAGGACUUUGUGGAGUAUGUGAUUCAAGGCCUGAACUCCAGCCUGGUGCGGGACAUCUACGAUGACCUGACCGCCCUGAGCAUCCCUGAGGAGACCUUUUUCCAGACGCUGCUUCUCAGCUCGCGCUUCUGCCACACCGUGUUGCGCCAUGAGUUCCUGUACCUGGACCUCUACGAUGCGCCCUGGCGCCGCUCCGAGAAGAGCGACUUCCCGUUUCAGAGCCCCAGGCCGCUGAACGGCAGCCACCUCCGCGACAUCGCGAUGGAGGAGCCCUGGUUCGUGCGCAAGGUGGACUCCUCGCUGGCGCCCAGCCGCGCCUUGCGCGGCGCGCUGGAGGCCGGCAUCGCCCGGCGGGAGCGGCCCAGGUGGCUGGAAGUGGCGGCGCCCACUGCACCGUUGCUUGCCGCCUUAGGCGGCACUUUGGAGGCCCGGGGCCUCCAGCGCCUGGUCUCCCCCUCAGGCCGCGGGCAUUGGGCGCCGCAGCGCCUGCGGCUCCGCCUGCGGACGGAGCCGACGUCGGCGUCGGGACGCCCGUCGCGGGUGGGCGGCGGCCUGGAGCUGGCGGAGCGGGUGGCAAGGCCCAAGCGGCACAGGGGGUGGGAGCUGCCUCCGGUGGUGGCGAUGCGCGUGGGCUGCGGCUGGGACGAGGCGGCCUUCGACUUCCGCGGGGAGGUGUCGGUGAUCGGCUGCCAGUCCAACGUGUCGCUGGUGGCCUACCUGCGCAACGUGGGCUUCGAGGGCGAGGUGGCCAUCCACUGGCUGCGCGAGGGGCGGCUGCUGCGACAGUCGGGCGGCCAUGUGCCCAAAGGCUUCACCAUGUUUGUGGACCACUUGAGCCCAUCGAUCGCCUCCCCCGGCCGCUGGUCAGUUUCCCUCACGGACGUUGACUCCGGCAACAGGAUAGGAGAGAGGUCAUUCCUCCUCUUCGGCGUCGACGCGAAAGACACCUGGCCAUCCCUGCGAGACUACGAGGAGUUCUUUGACUUCUCGCCCGCCUUCUCGGGCCGCAUGCGGGCUGAAAAAGAAGCUCCGCUGCUGUGGGCUGGAGGUAGGGCUUGCACCCCUGGUGUGUGCCAGCAGCAUGCGCGUUAUUCCUUCAAGCCAUCUGCUGAUGAGGAGGAGGUGGUGGAUCUCGAAGACGCAUGGGCCUCACGGGAUUGGAGAGGCAGCGUCGUGCCAGUGGUGGCUCCGGCCUCAGGCAGCCGGCCGUUUGAUCGGUCCGCAGGUGCGAUCCUUGCAUUCCAGGUACUGCUUGAAGUGGAUGUGCAGUUUGCGUUUUUCAUGGUGCUUCUAGAGGCCAUGGACAAUCUGCAGGGGGAGCUACAUGGCACAGGACUCGGCUUGGUGGUGUCCAGCGCAAGCUGA